CAGAUGCAUCCAAACUCAUAAACUAAUCACUUCGGCGGCUGCUGCUUCUCUGUCAAGAAUCAAAAUGGAUAACCUUAUGGGGCUGCUGAGGAUUAAAGUGAAGAGAGGCAUAAAUCUUGCUGUUCGCGAUGUCUGCAGCAGUGAUCCUUAUGUUGUAGUCAAGAUGGCCAAGCAGAAGUUGAAGACUCGUGUCGUGAAAAAGGAUGUCAACCCUGAGUGGAAUGAGGAUUUGACACUUUCCAUUGCGGAUUAUAAUCUUCCAAUCCAUUUGACUGUGUACGACCACGACACGUUCAGCCUGGACGACAGGAUGGGGGACGCGGAGUUUGACAUAAAACCCUUCAUAGAAGCCGUGAAAAUGAGACUCGAGGGGCUCCCGGACGGCACCAUCAUCACGAAGGUGCCUGCCUCGAGGACAAACUGCCUGUCGGAGGAGAGCUCCGUGGUGUGGAAAGACGGGAAGGUGGUGCAGGAUCUUUGCCUCCGGCUGAGAAACGUCGAGUGCGGCGAAGUGGAGAUUCAGCUGCAGUGGAUCAAUGUCCCUGGCUCCAGAGGUUUGAAUAUGGCUUACUAAACAUGGCUUGUUUAUGUGCAAUAAAUAUUGCUAAGUUUGUGAGGUUUGUAUAUUAUAUUUAGUGGGAAAAUUAUUGAGAGGCAUAUGAUCUUAAUUAGCAUUGCUGCUAAAUUUGUAAGUUAAAAAGCCUAUGAUCUUUAAUGUAAUAUUAAAAUUCUUGUAUUGUUCAAUAGUAAGUUUGGUGCUUGUUGUGUUCA